AUGCCAAAGACCAGGUUAAGCCUGCGCUCCUCUCGACGCGUCGAAACCCUCCAGGACGCAGACAUUGACCACGAAAUCCUCAUCAUCGACCAUGACGUCCAGACCGCAGACCCGGAGCCACAGGCCUCACGGCCCAGUGCCGCCUCCUCGACCAAGGCGGCCCCCGAACGGCCGGACGACCAAGGCGAUGCCAGCAACGGCGUCACAGCCUCUGACCACGAACAUGCCUCAAAAGACGAGGGCCCUUCCAUUGUCAUUAACCAGCCAACCCCAAACGAACGUGGCGCUGCAGCAAGGCCUGCCUCCCAAUCCCAACACAUCCAGCCGCACGAGCCAGACACGGCAAUCGAUAUCCUUUACCAGAAUGAAAGAGGUGGCAUCCUUUGCGGCGUGCCCUUGUUCUCAGCAGCCGCCCUUGGCAAUCUGGACCCCCCAGCGUGGACCAACUUUGCUCACAAGCCCAGCCCCACGGAUAUCCAUACUGCUCAGGUGCCAGACCCAAGUUGGCAGUGGGCAUGGCCUGAAUGGAGGAUCAACCGCGACGAGACCAUCGACACGGAUGCUGAGGGCUGGGAGUACUCUUUCAUGUUCUCCAAGAAGUUUUCAUGGCAUGGGCCAAAGUGGUACAACUCAUUCGUGCGUCGUCGAGCUUGGAUUCGUCGGCGUGUCAGGAAAGGCGUUGGUUAUCAGGCCAACGACCCGCACCUGAUGAACGAGGAUUAUUUCCAGGUCACACCCAAGCAGAAGCCCGAUGUUCUUGGGCGCGCCCACAGUCUUAGCAGGACGAGCAGCAUCCCGGAGGAGAAGCCGGACAUCUUGCUGGUCGAAGAUCUGAUGGUUGUGCUGCGGUUGUCCAGAAUUGACCGUGAGAAGUUGGAGGCAGUUGAGAAUUAUAUAAAGCACUCUGAGGACGACCUUCAGCUGGAUCAGCACAUGCACGAAAUCAUGUCUGUGUUCGUUUUCCAAGCCUCGCGAAAAUUGCUCCUCACGCGGCUCAUGCAGGUCUAUGAUGAUCUCACCGAGAGGAAAGGCAAAGACAAAGCUGGCGAGGGUGACGAGCCCAAAGUCGCCGCAGACGACGAGGUCAGACGGAAGAAAUCCAACCUGGCAGACGCGAUCAAGCAUGCAGACGAGGAGGUUCGAAAGCUGGAGUACUGGAGCGAUAUCAAAACCAUGGCGGAGAAUGGACAAUCUAGUGGUGCGGUAGAAAGCGGUAAAGGGUGGAAACAGGGUUGGGUCGGCCUUGACAACAGCGGCCCUAUCGGCAGCCGGAACGAAGAGCUGCCCACUACGAAGACAGUCGCAAAGGAGAGCCGGGAGGGAUAG